AUGUCGGCUCUCACAACAUCCACAGUGCGAGCCAGGACGCUAACAGAGCGACCAAUAGACGUGCUGUACCUGGCGUACUUUGGCAUCCACCUUGUGGCAUCGCUGGCGAUCGAUGCGCAAUUGACGUAUCCACCGUACUCGCAACGACUGUUUCCGAAAGCAUUGCGAAAUGUUUUGCAGGACUACUUGACGACGUCCAGGGAUCCGUUCCUGUUAGCCGCGCAAAGGCGCUCGUCAGAUCAUGUCUGGUUCCGAGUAUUGCUGGCGAGCGAAACAGUGUUCCAGAUCCCUUGCUUUGUGGUCGCUCUUUGGGGUCUGUGGAAGGAUGAUAAACGCACCUAUCCUCUAAUGAUAUGCUAUGGUACACUAGCUGCUUCUUCAACACUCCAAUGCAUCUGCAGUGUCCUAUUCGGAAUGGACGGUGACGAUCUCACAUCGACUCAGAUCAGCGGCCUCCUUCAAAAUUACGUUCCUUUCUGCUUGAUACCCACUUUGCUCGCGUUCGACAUGAUGCUGCGCAUCGUCCGGCUGUUGUCACCUGCAACGACGGUGAAGAAGGGCGGAAAGGACGAAUGA